AUGAAGCGGUGGCCACUGCCUCGUGAACAGGUCACAACGAUCGACAAAUUCUUUGUCGAUCGCUUAGCGGCUGGUCAUGUGAGGGAAUCAACACCCCCACACAGCUCUCCGACCUUCUGUGUGCGAAAGGUCACAGGAGAGUGGCCGAUAGUGCACGCGUUCAACAAAUUGUGCGCUGCAACGGUACCGGCUCAAACGCCGAUAACAAGGAAGGACGUCGUCAUUGAUGAUAUGGCAAAAAGUACCAUCUUUCCAUCCAUGGAUCUGAUGGAUGGAUUCUAUCAGUACCUCAUGCGUGAACGGGACAUCCCUUACACGGAAGUGAGCACCCCCAGUGGUAUGCUCUGGUAG